GUUUCUUCGGCCUUUGGCAAGCGCAAGUAAGCCAGUGGUGUGCCUUCAUAACAAAACAAAAAUAGCAACACAACAAAAUGCCAUUUCAAGAUUUUUAUUUUCUCUCCUUUGUUUAAUCAAUCCCAUCAUUCCCAUGUGAUCUGCUGAUCCUGAAUUGGGUUCGUUAGGGUCACCAAAAAUUUGGAAAAAUAUCAUUUGCUUGCUACUGUUUGCAGAGUUUGCUCUCUUUCUAGCAAAAACAAUGCUUACUUUGAACCUAACUCAACUCUCUCCUGUCACUUUCUCUAUAAUCAAUCACCAUAAGUACCCAACAUAUGCUUCAUCUUUCACAAAUCCUAACCCUCAAAUCAGAACACAAAAGCAAACUAAACCCAUCUCUCAAAUUUGUGCAUUACCUAACAAAGUCUCAAUCUUUACCCCAAUCUAUGGCUACCCAUCUGGGUUUUGCUCGAAGCCCAGAUCUUUUCUCACUAAAUCAGCAGCAGCUGAUUCUGGUUCAACCUCAGAUGAAAAAAAUGGUGAAGUUUCAAAGCCUGAGAAUAAAACUUCAAAGCUUGCACUUGUCUUUGGUUUCUGGUACUUCCAAAACAUUGUGUUCAACAUUUUUAACAAGAAAGCUUUGAAUGUUUUCCCAUAUCCAUGGUUUCUUGCUUCUUUUCAGCUCUUUGUUGGCUCUAUUUGGAUGUUAAUUUUAUGGACAUUGAAGCUCCAACCAUGUCCCAAGACUUCAAAACCCUUCAUUAUUGCUCUUCUUGGCCCUGCAUUGUUUCACACUAUAGGUCACAUAUCAGCCUGUGUUUCAUUCUCUAAAGUUGCUGUUUCAUUCACUCAUGUAAUUAAGUCAUCAGAGCCUGUUUUUUCUGUUAUAUUCUCUUCAUUGCUUGGUGAUACUUACCCUUUAAAUGUCUGGCUCUCUAUCCUUCCUAUUGUGCUUGGUUGUUCCCUUGCAGCUGUCACUGAAGUGUCCUUCAAUUUGGGAGGGUUGUGGGGUGCUUUGAUUAGCAAUGUAGGGUUUGUGUUUAGGAACAUUUACUCUAAAAAGAGUCUGCAAAGCUUCAAGGAAGUAAAUGGACUUAACUUGUAUGGAUGGAUUAGUAUAAUCUCGUUGUUUUAUCUGUUUCCUGUUGCGGUUUUCGUCGAAGGGUCUCAAUGGAUUCAGGGAUACCAUAAGGCAAUUGAAACUGUUGGGCAGUCAUCAACUUUUUAUUUGUGGGUGAUGCUGUCUGGUGUUUUUUAUCAUCUUUAUAAUCAGUCGUCGUACCAGGCGCUUGAUGACAUUAGUCCCUUGACGUUUUCGGUUGGUAACACAAUGAAGAGAGUGGUGGUGAUUAUUUCUACUGUCUUGGUGUUUAGGAAUCCUGUUAGACCUUUGAAUGCCGUUGGUUCAGCCGUUGCGAUAUUGGGGACUUUCCUUUACUCUCAAGCAUCUGCUAAGAAAACCAACAAACCUGAAGGUGAGAAGAAGAAUUAGGCAGAUAUGUUAUUGAUUAUUGUAGGCUUGAUAAAUCUCCAUUUCUAUGUUGUUUACUUUGCUGUAGUUAAGGAUAUUUAACUCCUACAAUAAAUUCUACAACUUUUGCUUUUA